AUGUUAACACAGCACCGAGGAAAUUCCGAGAAAUUCCGCGCGUUCGACAACCCUGAUUGCUACGAGGCGCCUGGUGUAGGUUAUCGACUGCGAAUAUGUCUGCCACAGCAGCCUUGGUCGGGUCCCUUGACCCUGCUGGGAGCAGUUAGGCGCGAGGAAUGUGCGGCUUACGCGGCGCGGCCGUUCGCCGAACUUGGGGCCGCGUCGCCGCUGAGUCGGCUACCUACGUUCCCGCCAUUCUGCGUCUGCCACCUCGAAGCCGCCUCCGUGGACCCCGCGCGCAUCCAGGAAUGUGCACUU